AUGUUAACUAUCAAUGGUUAUCAAUAUCAGCUGAAAAAUUUCAAUAAAAAUAAAACAAUUAAAUUUCUGCGUUCUGCUAAUAGAAGUUGUGGUGUGCUUUUACACACGAAUCUUAAUGAUGAAUUUGUGCGUUUUUCUGGAAAAACAACUGAACAUUCUCAUUUACCAAAUCCUGCUGAAUUGGAAAUACGAAAUCUUAAAGAAGUAAUACGACAAAGAGUUGAAAAUGAAUUAGCACCAUUAGAAGAAAUUGCUGAAUAA